AUGCAAAGGGUGAGGGAGGGUGCCUCUGCCACCCCGACGCCCAGCUUGGACGAAUUAUUGGGGAACGAGCCCGCUCCAGACCCCGAAGUCUUAGAGAAAAGGGCACAAAGAAUCCGGCUUGCGACAGAACGAGCCAAGGAGGAAGCCGACCGAAACCCACGGGUCAGCCUCGACUUAGCCUACAAGCGACAGUACAAAGCGCUAGCACAACAGAUGAGACACCACGACCAAGUGCUCGAAGCCACCAUGCUCGCCUUGGAAGAACAAUCACGCACGGGACAACCGGCACGGUAUACGGACGGAGCUCAGGAAAAUUUCAUAUCACCACGAAUGGUGAACGAACUCGACAUACCAUGGGCUUACAAGAAAGACCCUUACGAAUUGCGUACGGUAGAAGGGAAACCGGUCCAGUACGACGGAGGAAUUAUCAACCGAGAGACGUCGCGAAUCUCUCUCAUGGUUAACUCCAAGGAAACACCGAUCACUUUGGAUAUCACCGACACGGCGGGACACGACGUGAUAUUAGGACUACCAUGGCUACGGAAGUACAACCCUACCAUCGAUUGGUUCACUGGCCAGCUGAUUUGGACAACGAGGCCCAAUCAGGAACGAUCGAAGAAGGACUCAGCCUCUACCGCUCCUCAAAGACAGGACGCACGCGAGUCACGAACCCACAGAGCGCUACUGUACCUAAAGAAGGACACGCCUGAAGGGAUUACGACGAUACCAGAAGAGUACCGCCAGUACAGCAAACUGUUCCAGAAGGAAUUAGAAACAGGACUACCGCCACACUCGCACUACGACCAUGAGAUACCCCUCAAACCAGGGACGCAGCCGAAAUUUCAGAAAAUCUACGGACUGAAUGAACUACAGCUAAACGAGCUGAAGAAGUACCUUGAGGAGAACCUCAGGAAGGGAUAUAUUCGACCGUCACAAUCACCAGCAGGAUAUCCUAUCCUCUGGGUACCCAAGAAGAACGGCGAAUGGAGAAUGUGCGUUGACUAUCGACAACUCAACGACAUCACGAUCAAGAACAGGUAUCCGUUACCAUUGAUCACCGAACUCCGCGACAGGUUACAUGGCGCCAACUGGUUCACUGCGUUGGACCUACCGGGUGCCUACAACCUCAUACGCAUCAAGGAGGGAGACGAGUGGAAAACAGCCUUUCGUACCCGACUAGGACACUACGAGUACCUCGUAAUGCCCUUCGGCCUCACGAACGCGCCUGCCUCGUUCCAAAACAUGAUCAACGAUGUGUUACGGAAGUACCUAGACGACUUUGUUAUCGUCUACCUUGACGACAUCCUGAUUUACUCCAAAACCUUGGAGCAACAUCGGAAGCACGUCCAUCAGGUGCUGCAAGCCCUACAGGACGCGAAUCUAUUGGUCAACCCAGACAAGAGUCAGUUUCAUGUCCAGGAGGUGGUUUACCUCGGACAUUUGAUCAAACCCGGACAAGUCCAGAUGGACCCAGCGAAAUUAGAGGCAGUCAAGGACUGGCCUGUACCAACGAAUGUCAAGGAAGUGCAAUCUUUCCUUGGAUUCGCCAAUUACUACCGGAGGUACCUGAAGGGUUACGGAGGGCUGACGAUCCCCUUAACCAACCUCACGAAGAAAGAUACCAAGUUCGAAUGGACACCCGAGUGCCAAGCAGCCUUUGACCAGGUUAAAAAGAACAUGCUUGAAGAACCAGUCACACGAAUGGCCGACCCAGACCGACCAUAUGAAUUGGAAACCGACGCAUCCGACUAUGCCCUGGGAGGACAACUCGGACAGCGCGACAACGACGGAAAGCUCCAUCCAGUAGCAUAUUUUUCGAAAAAGCUACACGGACCAGAACUCAACUAUCAAAUCCAUGACAAGGAACUCAUGGCGAUUAUUGAGUGUUUCAAAGAAUGGAGACCAUACCUAAGUGGCACACAACACCCCAUCACGGUGUUCACCGACCACAAGAAUCUGACAUACUUCACGACGUCGAAAGAACUCAACAAAAGACAGACACGAUGGGCCGAAUUCCUCUCGGAAUUCAACUUCAAAAUCGUGUACCGCAAAGGAUCUGAAAACGGCAGAGCAGACGCACUCAGCCGAAGGCCAGACCACGAACAGGAGAUACCUGCAGAAACACAAGCCAUCCUGCAGAUGCGAACCGACGGGAGCAUGGGAGGCGUUCCUCGACAGAUCGCACUCACCAAACUCGUCACACCGCCAGACACGGCAAAAGAACAAGAGAUCUACCAGCAGUACGACCACGAUCCCUACAUCAAGGAAAAACCACCUAAAGGAUCGUUGGUCAGAUAUAAUGGACGACUCUACGUACCCCCAGCACUGAGGGAAAAGUACGUACGGGAAAUACAUGAGGCCAAAGCCCAUGGGCAUGAAGGAAUCACACGGACCAAGGCAAGAGUCCGAGAAACGUACGACUUCCCCGGACUCGACGGGAUAGUCAGGAAGGUGCGGAAAUCAUGCCACGAAUGCAACAGCAACAAGGCAUCAAGACAUCCACCUUACGGGGAACUGCAGCCUAUCCCCAUACCAGAACAACCCUGGUAUUCAGUGGCUAUGGACUUUGUGGUCAAGUUACCCAAGUCCAAGGACCCGGCCACUGGAGUCGAGUACGAUAGCGUUUUGGUGAUACCAGAACGGCUCACCAAAUAUGCGUACUUCCUCCCAUUUAACGAAUCACACACGGCAGAACAACUCGCGUUCACGUUCCUACGGAUAGUUGUGGCUAACCACGGAUUGCCACACGAAAUCAUUACGGACCGAGGAAGCACCUUUGCAUCCAAGUUCUACACGUCCUUGAUGGGACAAUUAGGAGCCAACCAAAAACUGUCUACGGCGUACCAUCCACAGACAGACGGACAAACCGAGCGUCUGAAUCAGGUGCUAGAAGCAUAUUUGCGCAACUACGUCAACUACGACCAAGACAACUGGGUAGAGCUGCUACCACUCGCACAAUUUGCAUACAACAGCGCACCAACUGAGACAACCAAAGUCUCACCGUUUUUCGCCAACUAUGGCCGAAACCCGGAAGCAUACCGACAACCACGAGACAAGGUCAACGCAGAAUCCGCAAUUCUCAAGGCAGAACACCUUAAGAAACUGCAUGCAUCCUUGAAAGCGGAGCUUGAAUUGUACAGAAAAUCUCGACAUCCAACUACAGACUGUCACUACCAAAAACGAUGCGAAUUCAUCCAGUUUUUCACGUUUCCCUACUGGAACCAGCCCCUCCAGGAGUACGGCUGGAAGAACCAGUGGAAGUAG